GCAUUGAGUUUAGGCAUUGAAGUGGUGCGCGGAAGGUUGAAUUCCCAGUUAAAUAUAGAUUGCUGUUUAGAGAUUUUGUUAACCAGGAUAUUUACUUAACUAUGCCUCGAAACUUCAGUCUUCAACCCGAGAGAAAGAGCCGUAUGACUGGAAUCCCUUCUAAUAUCAAAGCAAGGACUUCAUCUGUUGGUCCACAGGAACAAAAACCUGUUAACCGUGAGGUUAAAUCUAAAGCGAAUGUCACUAAGAUGAUAGGAAGUUUAAUCCAGUUUCUGGAAACCACCGACUAUUCAAAUUCCCUUUCUCCCAAAAUCCUCCAUUCACCCAACUCAAAAGAAAUAUUUUCAAUAUUCGAACAUCUUGUUCGACAAAUUGAGCCCUCCUUUCGUAUUGAAAACGACGGAAUGAAAGCGGAAGAAGUUUGUCUGAAUUAUCUUAAAAUUCUAGGCUACCCAAAUGUUCUUAGUAAGCAUCAUUUGUUAGCACCAGGUGCUCCUCAAGCCUGGAAUUCAGUUUUAGCAGCGUUCGACUGGUUCAGAGAAGAAACAGAAAAUGCAAAUGACGCUAUAAAUUUUUCGGUGUUCGGGUAUGAUGAUGAUCAAGAUACUGAAGAAGAGCCGCUGAAUAAAAUUAUUUUUCAAUUGAAGUCAGUUAUUUUUAAAAGAAGACGUGAAGGCCUUGAUAUAUUUCCAAGUGAUAUUGAAGAUUACCGUUGUCGUAUCAACAGAGUAUUGAACGCUCCAAGUGAAGAUGAUAUGAAGAAGCUUUAUGAUCGUCUGAAUGAAGUGGAUAAAGAAAUGAAUAGUAUAAAUAAUGUAGACGGAGAAGAAAGGUCAUUAAGAACUCAAUUAGCUGAGACGGAAUCCAGUUUAAAAUCACUAGACGAAAAGUUGCGCGACCAUGAAUCUCAGAUAGCUAAGUUAAAGUCUUUAGACGAAGAGCGCACAGAAGUUUUAAAGGAACUUGAAUUAAAAAACAAAGAAGCAGAACAACAGUUGGCUACAGUACGUGCAAAAGUAAAGGAACAAGAAGAUGCUGGUUAUGGACGACUAGCUCAAGAAUAUAUUAUGCUUCGGGAACGUGUCGAUGCUCGAUUGCAUGCUAAAGAUGAUUUAAUUAAAGAAGUUGAACAAAAAGAAUUGGAUUAUACACGUUCAGAGGGCACCAUCGCCCCUACUUUGGACGCUUAUAAUCGUCUUGUCGGAUCACUAAGGAAACCACCGUUUUCACAGAUCACCAAAAACUGUAAUUUGGAAGUUUGCACAUAUCGCAAAGGAUUUGAUAUUGCUAAGCAAUUACCAUUGCUAGUUCAAAAUGUGAAGGCUUGUGUUGAACAGUUGACUUUGGCUUUGACUUCUAAAGAACAACGACUAAGUGAAUUGGUUGAACGUCUCGAAACUCUUCAAUCGUCAAUCGAUAGUUCAGAAUUGCCAGAUGUACAAGCUAAACUGGAUGAGGUAAAAAUAGAUUUGGCUAAACUAGAUGAACUUUUGGCGGAAGAAUACAGUGCGCAUACAAAAGCAGAAGAAGAAUAUGUUAGUUUAUGUUCUCACAGAGCCAAAGAAUUAGAACAGUUAAAAAAACAGUUAAUUGAUGAUGAACAACGUCAGACGGAGUUAAGCGGUAAACUUGAAGAAAUAAUUCAAGAAAGAGUUAAAAUCACCUCUUAUAUUGAAAAUAUUAGUCAACAAUUAUCAGUGUUUGUUCCUUACAUUGAGUUAUGGUUCAGAUGCCGAUGUAUCUACUUCGGUUUUACCAUCCAAAUGAUAUCUUCAAUGUUCUCAUACAAAAAUGCCGUUUGAUACUCAGUACAUUUGAUUAUUAAGUUAUGUUUAUCAACAUUUUAGUCUCAUUUCGUGUGUAAACGUUUCUGUCGAUAUAAAUAUUAUAUCCACUUUUUCUAAACCGAAAUAAAUCGUGACAUUGCACCCCUUAAACUUGUAUUACAUUGAUUUUGAAAUUUAGAACGGUGGUUUUUAAGAUGUGGUACAUUUCUGAGGUCUUCUUUAUUAAGCACUUAGUACACUCAGUCGUAAGCACUAUUUCUUAUCCUAUGACGCGAACCGUAGUAUAGUAUAAAUGUAUAUGGGGAUGUACCACUAUUUCGCGUAACACUUUUUUCAAUUUAGAUAUAACUUCAAGGGAAUUAAGAUGGUAUUUUAUUUGGUUAGGCAAAGUGAUCGGUCGGCUAGCGUAUAUAGUCAGUGUUUACUUGGUUCUUAAUUGAGUUAUUAUAUUUGAACAAUAUGAAACUCAGGGUGUAUAAUAUGAUAGUGUACAGAAGUAAUGUUGACAUCUCUUUAUUGUUAAGAAUUUUAAUCAUAAAAUCUAAGUUCCAAUAAAAAAUGUAGACUCAAAUCUUGCCAAUAUCUGAAAAUUCAAGUGCUUUUCAUUACUAAACUGUUGUUCAAUGUGAUAGUUCCGAGCAUUAGCGCUAUAACAUUCGAGUAACAGCUGGUGAUCGCUUGGAUUAUUGAGUUCAUUUUAGAAGGCAUUCACUGACAAUUUUCCAAUUAUAUGUUGGUUUUUCUAUCUUAUCACUUGCAAGUUUUAUGUGUUAUACUCUUUCUCACAAAGAGAAACGUUUUAAAAAUAUUUUAGGACAAUUUUCUGCUUUGUUUUUUUUUUUAAAAUUUUAUUCAUCAGCUACUAUGCGCAUUUCGUUUACUGUAUUCUAUUGAACUCGGUCAGUAUAAUCAAUACAAGACUUGAAAUCAUAAAGCUUUUGUUUUGCAACAACUAUGGUUGAUCUCUGUUUUGACUACUGAAAACAUCCCUAAAGUCAGGCCCUUCUGCUUGCUUACUUACGCCUGUUACCUCCAAUGGAGUAUAGACUGACGACUAGCGUUCUUCAACCCAAUCUGUCCUGGGCCUUCCUUUCUAGUUCUAUCCAGUUGUUCAUUCUUCUCAUGUUUGUCUCCAUUGCUCGACCCUUCUGCGGCCUUAUCGGUUUCUCAUUUUGUCAUCGUAUAAUUUUCUUCAUACCCUCUUGCAUUUUCGGAACUACAUCUAGUAUAUAUAAAAAGAAUGGUUUAAUGUGAUAACUGAAUUACAAACCAAGGACUUUCGAACAUUCACUAGUCAACAUUUAUUGUCUGCCUCUGGAAAGUAUUUAUGGCAGAUAACACCUUUGACGUCGAAAGAUGUAGUAGCUCAAUCCUUUGGUGUAUUGAAUAUACUGUAAAUAAAAUACCUAUUUAUUGAUGUACUUAACUUCUAUGCGCUCUUAAUCUACUUACUAUUUUUAAGUUUUAAUAAUACUUUAUUUUUGAAUAUACUGGGGAAUUGGUCAUAUAUCUUUUUUCUCUUUUAGUCAUAUUUCAAAACUAAGGAGUCUGCUAAUCGUACCUGGCAGAUGCAUAUAAACAUACUGCGCGAAGAAGUUCAAAGUGCAGCUCGUCGUAUUGAAAACAAAGUUAGAAAAGCACUUGAAGAGAAUUCUUUAUCUGAAUAGCAUUUCUCCAAGAGAUUAACUUUUUCUUGCAACUAACUUCAAUUGAUUUUUGUUAAUAUUGCAUUUUAUUAAAAUGUUAUUGUCGUGAGAGUUUUCCAAUAAACCGUUCAC